AUGGGGGAGAAAAUAAACAGAGAUUGGCUUGUUUGGAGUGCAACUUCAAAAUCAUUUCUUUGCUUUCCGUGCUCACUUUUCGGAAGCAAACAAGCCUGCGGGGCUGGUAAUAAUUCACAUCUUCUACGUUGGAAUGGUGGCAUCAAUGGAAACUGGAGAAAGCUAGCUGAAAAAGUAAAAGCCCACCAAAACAAUCCUCACCAUCGAGACAAUUACAUUAAGUGGAAAACAGCGCUAGAAAGCUUGGGAAAUCAAUGUGGGAUUGAUUCAAGUUUAGAAAAAUUGAUAAGAAAUGAGGCAGCCAGGUGGCGUGAAAUUUUAAAGUGCAUUUUAGAUGUAAUUCUCUUCUUAGCAUCACGCAACCUUAGCUUCAGAGGCUCAUCAAAAAUGAUCGGUGAUGACGAUAACGGCAACUUUCUUGCAACUCUAGAGCUACUUGCAAAGCACAACAAGACUCUUCAGUUACAUCUAGAAGAGGCUUCUCGCUGCCAACAAGAAGGUAAACAAAUUAUUGCGCAUUAUUUGGGUUGGAGUUCUCAAAAUGAAUUUAUAAAAGAGUGCGGAAGAAUUGUCUACGGUGCCAUCAUUAAAGAGGCGCAUAUGGCAAUUUACUAUUCUAUUCUUGUCGACGGAACGCCUGACGUCUCUCAUACAGAGCAAAUUGCAUUUGUUCUCCGCUUUGUCUACUAUGGUAUUGAUAAAAAAUGGGUAGUUAAGGAGCGCUUUCUUGGGGUCGAAAGUCUCGAUAAAAAGAAAGGUGUGGAUAUUGCUAAGCUAAUUAUAGAUGUCUUAAAUCAAAAUGACAUUGAUCUGAAGAACUGUCGAGGUCAGGGAUAUGACAACGGUGCUAAUAUGUCUGGUGUGUACAAAGGAGUACAAGCGAUCAUUCUUCAGAGAAAUCCUCAAGCUUUCUACAUGCCAUGCAGCACUCAUAACCUUAAUUUAGCUGGUGUUCAUUCACUUGAAUCUUCUGUAGAAAUGAAGAACUAUUUUGGUCGUAUUCAGUUACUCUACAAUCUUUUUAGUGGAAGCCCUAUACGAUGGAAAAUCUUGACCGAGACGACUGGUUUGUCUCUACAUCAAACUUCACAAACCCGAUGGAGUGCACGCAUUGAGGCUGUGAAGCCUUUGGUUAAGCGACCCAGAGAAAUUCUUUUAUCUUUGCAGAAACUUUGUGAUCUUGAUUUAACUGCUGAUCUAUUGAUUGACGUAAAAUCUUUAGAGAAAUGGAUUCAGUCAUUUGAGUUUAUUAUCAUGACAACCUUCUGGUUCAAAGCGCUGCAAGCAAUAAACUAUGUCAUCGUGUCAUUUCAAUCAAAAAACAUUACUUUAGAUGAUGAGAUGAAACUUAUGAAGAUUCUUAUUGAGGAUCUUACUAGACUUAGAUCUUCUUGGCCCGAAUUAAUUAAUGAAGCACAUUUAGUUGCCUCCGGUCUAGCUAGUUAUGGGUUUCAGUCAAAACUAGUUCAAAAAAGGACAAGAAAGAGGAAAACUUUUACGAAGAAACAAGGAACGAAGUUCAUUUCUUAGAAAACGAUGAAAAACAGUUUGAGGUGAAUGUAUUCAACACCGCUCUCGAUACAUUAAUUCAACAAAUAAAAGACAGAUUUCAAGCUGCAGAAAAGACAACUAACAGUUUUUCUUUUCUAUGGCUCUCAGAAUCUAAUAGUAGGUCGAGUGAGGAAAAAGAAAUUGAACAACCUAGCCUGGAGGAAAAAUGUAAAACUUUGGCGCAAAUGUAUGUGAACGAUGUAGAUGAAGACAAACUUGUUUUAGAGGUCCGUCAUCUGGAUACUCUAAAGCGUGCCAAUCUUUUCGGUCCAAAAGAAUAUCUCACUUCAAUGAAACUAUUAAAUGGAAUUUAUCAAAAAGGUCUAGAGUCUAUCUUCGAAUCAACAUGCAUUUUAUUACGUAUUUUUAACACAAUUCCCGUUUCCAUCGCCGAAGGAGAGCGGUCUUUCAGCAAGCUUGGUCUAGUCAAGACAACACUAAGAUCUACAAUGAGUCAAGACCGGCUUACCAAUCUCUUAGUUAUAUCUAUUGAGCACGAUCUAG